GUCACAAGUUGAUACUACAGUAUCUUCACGGAUGAAUCAUGAGCGACUAAGAGGUCGGGCCUUGGGUGCACUGACCUUACUCCAAGCUGUGGCGGUAGCACUUGACUACGACUACGAAGGGUAUCAUUCCAGGAGUGGCGUCACUGCCUGGGUCGACGUGGACACGCCAUUGGAUGCUCGCUCCAAGAAGUCGUCCCGCGGAGAGACGUGGGAUCUCGUGAUGAGCGACGAGUUUGAGAUCGAUGGUCGAUCGUUUGUAGCCGGGAAGGAUCACAUGUGGACCGCCUUGGACAUCCCCGAUGGAGUGAACGCCGCCAUUGGCCUGUACAACUCGUCCAACGUGUACACUUUGAACGGCAAACUGAUCAACCGCGUGGAUGAAAUGCAAACCAACGUCACGUACUUUAACCAGUGGCUUGAAGUGCCCGCGUUCGAGUCCAACACAUUGGUACACCAUCCACGACCUUACCUCACUCUAAUCCAUAGUACAAUUCUAGCACUACUCCGCUGGCAUGAUGCAGUCGUGGAACAAAUUUUGCAUGCAGGGCGGGCUCAUCGAAGUGGCGGCCAAGCUACCCGGAGCUGUAAACAUUCUGCCGGACGACAUCCACAAGAGCACGACCAUGAAUCCGAACGCGCUCGGCGAGUUCUGGAAGGAUGGCGUCAAGACUAAACUCACCCCUCGCGACCGUGUCAAAGACGGAGCUUACUACCCCACAUGGCCCGGCAUCUGGCUUCUCGGGAACCUCGGCCGCGCGCUCUUCUCGGCGUCCACGUCUCGUAUGUGGCCGUGGACGUACAACGAGUGCGACGCCGACUUGUCCCCCCAUCAAGCCAUCUCUGCGUGCGACCCCAAUCCUGGUUACGGCUUGCACCCGAACCAAGGCCGAGGCGCCCCCGAGAUCGACAUCCUCGAAGGCGGCGGAGCUGCCAUCUCGUCGUCUAUUCAGAUUGCCCCAGGAAUGCCAGAUAACUACCGCCGCAUGCCGAUUCAAAAGCCCGACAGCAAGUACUGUGUGUACGGCAAGGCGUGCGACACCCCUGGCGCCAACUUUCCAGAUAUCCCCACGAGCGCUUACGCCUACCGAGGCCAUCGCAACUGGUACCAAGGGCUCAAAUACGCCGCCAACAACCGGUGCCCCACGGAUCCUUUGGAAGUGCAGCAAUACGAACCGGUGAAAGCAGUGCAAAUGAACCCGGCGUUGCUCACGACGAACGUGUACAACAAGAUGCAAGUGAGUGCCGGACGGGACGCCAACGCCGACUUGGGGCUGAUCGACGGCAAAGGGCCGGCCCACUGGGGCAUCAACUACAACGGCACGUGCUUUCCCAUUGCGAAUGGGUACAUUGGCGCGUUUUUGUGCGAUCCCGACUCGAAGAACCUCAAGUGCGAAGCGCCCCGCAAGGACGGCGUGGCCAACACCAACCAGAUGCAUCCGUUCGAGUACCAGAUGGACGCGAUUUCAGCUAAUUGGGACAUUGGCCACGACGCGUACACCGAGUUUUACGUGUACCAAGUCGAGUGGGUGCUGGGCGAGUCAGGGUAUGUGCGCUGGAUGCUUGAAGACGCGCCUUUGUUUGAAAUUCCGUCGGUGACGUUGACCAAGCCCCCCCAAGCUGGGCCUGGCAAACCGCGCAACCCGAUUAAGUUGCCCAUCGAAGAGCCCCUUUACAUCAUCUUCAACAUUGCCGUGGCAAGGGCUUGGGGUGCGACCCCGCCCAACGCCGACAUUGGGCCGUGUCGUGGCAACGCCUCCAAGCCCGUGCCAGGCACUUACGAGUUCAACAAGACGCAGAACAUUUGCGACUCGUUCCCCAUGUACAUGGAGAUUGAGUAUAUUAGAGUGUACCAAGAGAAGAGCUCCAUGUUCCUUGGAUGCGAUCCCCCCACUCAUCCCACCAAGAAAUGGAUCGAUGGCCACAUCCAAUGGUUCACAGAUGCCAAGAACCCCAUGAUCCGAGUGGACGGCGGCGCGACAUGCAACAGUGAUGACGACUGCCAGUCCAUGUCGUCGUCCAUGCCCAGUGGUCGCUGCGUGAAACGUCGCUGCAGCUGCGUUACGGGCUAUGGCGGCCCUCGAUGCACCAAGUUUCUCGGGAGCAAGUCACUUGACAUGUCCGACGGCACGUACUUUGGUCCUACGAUCCUGUAUCCCGCCAUCGUGGCAAGCGCAACGGUGGCGUUGAUUGUGUUGACGUGUGUCUGGCGAAUGCGCCAGCGCGGUUCCGCCGCCGCCAUUGCAUCCUCUAUUCCCAAAUCAAAGGUCGAAGGCGAGGUGGAGGCUGUUGCCGAAAUCGCUGUCGACACAGCCACCGGGCAAUCGAGGCGAUACUACGCCCCUGCCAACACUAGUUAAUACACCCACAUGUUUCUUGUCCUCGA